AUGAUGACGAUUUUCAAAUCACAUGGGCUGUGGAAUCUGGUAGACAAGGGAGUUAAAACUUCCGAUUCGAAGAAGAAGAAGGCUGAAGGAUCAUUAGAGGAUGAUGUAGAUGGAAAAAUGGCUGUUGUGUUGACGCAAGAUGCAAAGGCUCUGGGAAUCAUUCAGAAUGCGGUCUCGGAUCAAAUCUUCCCUCGAAUCACCAAUUCUGAAUCAGCGAAGAUGGCAUGGGAUUUGUUGUAUGGAGAGUAUCACGGUGGUGAUCAGACGUUUGGUGAAGUGUUAUCUUAUGCAAGACUUGUGCAAAAGCCAGCAAACCAAGAAGCUGUAAAGCCUCAGUGCAAAGUGUGCUCAAAGUACCAUUUUGGAGAAUGCAUAUAUAAAGGCAAGCCAAAGUGCUACAAUUGUGACAAAUUUGGUCACUUGGCUAGAGAAUGUACUGCAGCUAAAACAGUGCAAAAGGCAAACAGUGCUAACCAAUUGGAUAUGACAGGGAAUCUAUUUUAUGCAAAUAACACAGUUACAGGACCAAGGGUGAAUGGAGAGUGGUACAUCAAUAGUGGUUAA